AUGGACCCCGAUUCCGUGUUCUCUUCGAAGCUGCUCGUUCUGCCGCUGCUGGAGUUUCCCGCGUCCUGCGACACUUUCGGAACGCGGCUGCUACUGCAGUGUGGAUCGAUCAAUUUCAACAACCAGCAGACUUCUUGCCUGACCACAAAGUGGCCAUUGGUCGCGAGCUUCCGCAAUCAGCGGGCAAAACAACAAGGAACGACACAUGCUCAACUCGUUCACAUCGUCUCCGGCCCAGAAGCUCAUGUAUCGUACCGACGACCUUGGGUACACCUGAACUACGUCGGCCGCAUCGAUAACCAAGCCAAGGUGCACGGAUUCAGAGUCGAGCUCGAAGAGGCCGAGUACGCUAUCUCUACAGCGGCCGAUAUGGACCCCAGGGUGCAAAACGCCGUCGCCAUUAUCGUGGACAAUAACCCCCAGGGGUAA